UAUUUCAGCAUCCAUCAUCUCCUUCUUUGUUGUGUAGACAAUCCGCCCUGUCGGAGAUUUGUGCUGUUAUUAUGAGUUUGUUUAUUAUUAGAUUUAUUUCUCCUAUAAGCAAAUGUGUUCACAACAUUCCAUCGGGGAAUCUUCUUAAUUGUCACAUAAAUGUCAUCUCAUGUAAAUUGAAUAUUUAUCUUUCCAUGGAAGGGGGUGGAGGAGAAAGGAAGAAUAAACAACCUUCAGUCUUGGAGAGGGAAAGCGAUUCCUGUCCCGGUUCACAACUCACCCACGUGCCUUCAAAGCCAAAGAUGGAAGAGAAGAGGCGAAAAUACUCUAUCAGCAGUGACAACUCUGACACCACUGACAGUCACGCUACAUCUACAUCGGCAUCAAGAUGCUCCAAACUGCCCAGCAGCACCAAGUCGGGCUGGCCCCGGCAGAACGAAAAGAAGCCCUCAGAGGUUUUCCGGACAGAUUUGAUCACAGCCAUGAAGAUCCCAGACUCAUACCAGCUCAGCCCAGAUGACUACUAUAUCCUGGCAGAUCCGUGGCGACAGGAGUGGGAGAAAGGGGUGCAGGUGCCCGCUGGGGCGGAGGCCAUCCCAGAGCCCGUGGUGAGGAUCCUCCCACUGCUGGAAGGCCCCCCUAUCCAGGCGUCCCCGAGCAGCUCUGCACUUGGUGAGGGCUCCCAGCCUGAUUGGCCAGAGGGCAGCCGCUAUGACCUGGACGAGAUUGAUGCCUACUGGCUGGAGCUCAUCAACUCAGAGCUCAAGGAGAUGGAGAGGCCGGAGCUGGAUGAGCUGACAUUAGAGCGUGUGCUGGAGGAACUGGAGACUUUGUGCCACCAGAAUAUGGCACGGGCCAUCGAGACGCAGGAGGGGCUGGGCAUCGAGUACGAUGAAGAUGUCGUCUGUGAUGUGUGCCGCUCUCCUGAGGGUGAGGAUGGCAACGAGAUGGUCUUCUGUGACAAGUGCAAUGUCUGCGUGCACCAGGCAUGCUAUGGAAUCCUCAAGGUGCCCACGGGCAGCUGGCUGUGCCGGACGUGUGCCCUGGGUGUCCAGCCAAAGUGCCUGCUCUGCCCCAAGCGAGGAGGAGCCUUGAAGCCCACCAGAAGUGGGACCAAGUGGGUGCAUGUCAGCUGUGCCCUGUGGAUUCCUGAGGUCAGCAUUGGCUGCCCAGAGAAGAUGGAGCCCAUCACCAAGAUCUCACACAUCCCAGCCAGCCGCUGGGCUCUGUCCUGCAGUCUCUGCAAGGAGUGCACAGGCACCUGCAUCCAGUGUUCCAUGCCUUCCUGCGUCACAGCGUUCCAUGUCACUUGCGCCUUUGACCAUGGCCUGGAAAUGCGGACUAUAUUAGCAGACAACGAUGAGGUCAAGUUCAAGUCGUUCUGCCAGGAGCACAGUGAUGGAGGCCCGCGGGGUGAGCCCACAUCCGAGCCCGUGGAGCCUAGCCAGGCCGGCGAGGAUCUGGAAAAGGUGACCCUGCGGAAGCAGCGGCUGCAGCAGCUGGAGGAAGACUUCUAUGAACUGGUGGAGCCAGCCGAGGUGGCCGAGCGGCUGGACCUGGCUGAGGCACUGGUUGACUUUAUCUACCAGUACUGGAAGCUGAAGAGGAAAGCCAAUGCCAACCAGCCAUUGCUGACCCCCAAGACUGAUGAGGUGGACAACCUGGCCCAGCAGGAGCAGGACAUCCUCUACCGCCGCCUGAAGCUCUUUACACACCUGCGGCAGGACUUGGAAAGGGUUAGAAAUCUGUGCUACAUGGUGACAAGGCGCGAGAGAACGAAACACGCCAUCUGCAAACUCCAGGAGCAGAUAUUCCACCUGCAGAUGAAACUUAUUGAACAGGAUCUAUGUCGAGAGCGGUCUGGGAGGAGAGCAAAAGGCAAGAAGAGCGACUCAAAAAGGAAAGGCCACGAGGGCCCCAAGGACAGCCCUGAGAAGAAAGAGAAAGUGAAGGCGGGGCCCGACUCAGUCCUGGGGCAGCUGGGCCUGUCCACCUCGUUCCCCAUCGACGGCACCUUCUUCAACAGCUGGCUGGCCCAAUCGGUGCAGAUCACAGCAGAGAACAUGGCCAUGAGUGAGUGGUCGCUGAACAAUGGGCACCGCGAGGACCCCGCCCCGGGGCUGCUGUCAGAGGAGCUGCUGCAAGACGAGGAGACGCUGCUCAGCUUCAUGCGGGACCCCUCGCUGCGACCUGGUGACCCUGCCAGGAAGGCCCGUGGCCGUGCCCGCUUGACUGCCAAGAAGAAACCACCACCACCACCACCACCACAGGAUGGGCCCGGCUCACGGACGACUCCAGACAAACCCCCCAAGAAGCCCUGGGGCCAGGAUGCAGGCAGCGGCAAGGGGGGCCAGGGGCCACCUACCAGGAAACCACCACGGCGGACGUCUUCUCACUUGCCGUCCAGCCCUACAGCUGGGGACUGUCCCAUCCCAGCAGUCCCUGAAAGCCCCCCACCACUGGUCCCUGAGACCCCGGACGAGGCAGACCCAAUGGCUGCUGACUCGAAUGUCCAAGUGCCUGGCCCUACGGUGAGCCCUAAGCCUUUGGGCCGGCUCAGGCCACCCCGUGAGAGCAAGGUAACCCGGAGAUCACCGGGUGCCAGGCCUGAUGCUGGGACAGGGCCACCUCCUACUGUGGCCGAGAGGCCAAAGGUCAGCCUACACUUUGACGCUGAGACUGAUGGCUACUUCUCUGAUGGGGAAAUGAGCGACUCAGACGUAGAGGCUGGGGACAGUGGGGUGCAGCGGGGUCCCCGGGAGGCAGGGACUGAGGAGGUGGUCCGCAUGGGGGUACUGGCCUCCUAACUCACACCUACCCCUGUCCCAGGCCCUGCCCUGGUCCCCGACAAGGCCUCAGCCCAGUCUCAACUGCCAUUUCCAAUCUCUGCUGAGUGUCCCAGACCCUCGAGGCUGGCACACUGUUGUGGUUUUAUUUUUAAUAUAGAGAGAGUUUCAAAUUCCACACUGUUGUCUUUCCUCUGUGCUGGCCUAGGAUAUUAGAAUUCCUUCCACGGCUCUUGCACAAGGACUAUGCCAGGUCCUGUGCACCAUCCCUGUCCCGGCCCACCCGGCACUGCUGGGCUCCUGGCUAGAUAGAAGCAAGGGGAAAGAGCUCAGGACUCCAGCCCGCUGCCACUGCGUGACAAAGAUUGUUGUUUGGGCAUUAUUUUCAUGGCAGAUGGGCCGGCCCAGGGCCUACCCCGCUUUGUCCCCAAAUCCCACUGGGGUCCAUUGGGGGGGUCCUGCUGCACUCUACUGGUCCCCAAGGAAGUAUAAGUGAUAUCCAGCCAGAGUCUACUCACUGUCACAAGCACAACGAGUUUAUAUGAGAAAGCACUGAGGAGGUGCGGAGAGCCCGCUGGUUCCAGGGGAACCAAAAGCUGCUCCUGAUCAACCCACAUCAUCGAGGCCUGCCUGCCCACCCCGCCACCCUCCCUUCCCUUGCUGCUCCACCCCUGCCAGCGCCCAGCCCAGUGGCUCUGGGAAGGGGUUCCCAGAAUCCUUCCUGAGCUGUGCCACUUACUCAGGGGACUCCCAAACAGCAAGCCACCAGUGCAGGUGGAGGGCUGACAGGGAGGGCCAGUGCCCAGACGGGGGUGUGGGGCUCAGACCAGCCAGCUGCAGUGAAUCACUCUGGGUCUCCAACUUCCUUCCUUCCUUUGGGGCCAGUCUUGGCUGAAGUCUGGUUGCUUCCAGACAGAGCGGACCAGACCAGACCGUUUGCCUUUUCAAGUUUCCUAGUCCUGCUAAGAGAUGAGCUUCCUCCUUAGUUUCCUUUCGGAAACUCCUCCUUCCAACAAGCAGUGGGAUCCCGGGGCCCAGGACGGGCCAGCGUUGGCCCGCUGGGGCUGUUUUAAAUCUUGCUGGAUGCUCCUGUUCCUCUGUCCCUCAGAGCCUUAACCCCUGUCCCGGCCGUGCCCCUCCUGUCCCCACCGCCACUGUCCUGCUUCCCUGCCCUCCCUCUAGGUCCCAGGUAGUUGCUCUGAAGAGUUUCAGUGGAGUGGCCCCAGGGUGAUAGCUCAGGGAACAAACAAAAAAAGGAAUUAGUGAAACAUAUUUUUUUUUCUUUUAUGAAUUACUCCUGGGUCACUUCCGCCACUGGUAAAGCCAGAACUUCUCCAACAAGAACCUUGCAAAAGUCCAGUGAAUCAGUCGAAUCAUUCUGUGGAUGCCAAAGAAUACUUUGACCAUAAUACAGCACAGCCUGGACCUAACAACUCGUCACUUGGACUUUUUUUUAAACGGAGUUCUUUAGCAACAAAGCAUAGAAACAUGUUCAUUGCACACACCCAAGAAGAACCCAGGCUCUUGGAAGAGGAUGCUUUUCUGCUGCUGAACUGUACCCGGGUGUUGGAUUUCAGAUCCUGGGCUGGGCCCACUGUGAGCUUUCCUAAACUCACCCUCACAGUGGGGAAAAUACUGACUGCAAAACCAGCAUGGGAAGUCUUCACCAUGUGGUUCUCCCCACACAAAUACACAAAGAGCAAAUAAGUGGGAUGGGGAACAGCUUGACCUUCCCUCAACCCCGACUCCAAAACGAUCAAGGUACGACAGUGGCGCUGUCAUCAACACUCAAUUUCAUGUGAAUUUUAGCAAAACAGGAAACAAAGUGACUACAUUCAGAGGAUCAGACAUAUUUGUCUAGUCCAGGUGGACCCAGCGGGAGUGGGGUGGGCUUCAAGGGUUGUGGGUGUUGGGAUGGCAUGAGCUACCAUGUAGAGUUUAGUCUGCCUGCCCGCCUUGGUAGUAGUGACCAGUGCAGUGUCAGCAUCAGCAUCCCAACCCCAGUCUCUGUUUACUGCCUUUGAACAGACCUUCCAUGCUUUGGGUCACCUUGGGUCACAACCUUGUCUGUGCUGGAUUGCCCGGUCUGUCCCUGCAGGAAGCAAAGGGCUGAGCUUAAAGAACAACCAUGGGUGGGUGCCAGGAAGGCUCAGGGUCCAGCAUUCUCAGCACUUGCCCCCUUAUCCCUUUGCUGCAUCUGGAGCAGUGUCUGGGCUCCCUGGGGGUGGGUGGAAAAUUAGGGAGAGAGGGCCGUGAGUCUGGCCUUGCCUCGGGGCAGGCCCAGCUCCACAGCCAGUCCCUGGAUUGGGCAGCAGAUGGGCCACCGGUGUUACUCAGCCUCUGCUCAAGCUGGCCCCUGGAUUCUGGCUCCCCUGCUUCUCUACUGGUGAUAUGCUUUGGACUGGACUACCCCUGUGGCCUGUGGCCUGUGGCCUGCAGAGCCCAGGUGUCUGUUAGGCUGACUGGCUGGUGGGCCCCCUCACUAGCAGGCCAGGCCCUACAGCAGUCUUCACCAGGCAGCUGUCUCCACCUCCAGAUAUCGACCAGACUGCAAGGGAACAGGAUGCCAGUCUCCCCAUCCCAGGCCCUUUUUCUUCCACCCUUUUUCCAGCCUCCUGUCCACAGUGUAGAGGGCUUUGCAGCCCCCGAGACCAAGACAGGUCCCUCUUUCAGGCCAGAGGCUGAGGCAGAUCUUUCUCUUGACCACAUCUGCCCACACUCACUCUCCUCCUUGGGGAGGGCAAAGCUGCUCUGUAACUCAUUCUGGCUAUUGUCCCCCAUUCUCACCAGUCCUGGUUGCCCACCACCUCCUCCCCCCAUCACAUGACAAAGGAUAAUGUGCAAGGAAAGUAUUUUUAUGUAUCAUAAAUGUAUUUUGAGACAAAUAAGGAGAAGAAAGGUAGAAGGGUUUAUUUUAUUAAAUGAGCUCUGACUUUGUGACAGUGUGUGAGCAUUUGUAAUGCAAGGACCUCAGCUUCCUUGGAGAAGCCACCCAGGUUUCCAGACGGGUGUCGGACUGUGGGUGUGUGUGUGUGCCAGGGCACGUCUCGUGUCUAGGUGCAUGCAUGUCUGUUUGUUGUGUAGGGGCACACUGCAGGACUUGCUGGGACAAUCCUCAAGAUUCAGCUGCCCAAUUCUAACAAACGUUGGCAACAGCUAGACUUGGCAUUUCCUUGCUCACUGCCAGAUGUGGUUGACCUCCACCCGUGCCUGAAGUUUUGCAGAAUGAUCUGGAUCCCUGUAGGCCGUUGGGGAGGCCACUCUGCCAUGCCCCUGGCCCAGCUGGCCACAUUGGCCAAAGAGCCAGGGCAGGAGUCUGGGACCUUUGAUUGUUCUUUAAGGCACUUCCUGCCACCUUCUCCCUCAAAUGCACCAACACUUUGUGCUCCACAUCGGUUUGGGGGGUGGGAGGGAUGAUAUGAAUGUCACAGGAGGAGACACCUUCUGUCUUUGUUUCAAAGAAAGUGAUGUGCCAUUUGUUAAUAUACAAGAGAAAUAUAGAAAAUAUAUUGAAAAGA